AUGGUUGUUGGAUUUGUCAUGUUGGUAAUGUUGGGCUCGUAUCCAGGUAAAGUGGGGCGAUUCCUGGGUCGGGUCCUGUCAACCUCCUCCAGAGGGGAGUGCGCCGCGCCCUGGCCGCCGCACAACCAGUGCUUAUCCGGCCGCCGCACAACCAGUGCUUAUCCGGCCGCCGGACAGUCUGGAAAACAGAAGGCAGUGCUCGCUGAAUCCGCAGCUGAAGAUUCCUCUUCUUCUGAUGACAACGAUCCACAAACUGUCUCGGCCACUAUAGCUCCCAAGCGCAGUCGCUCGGGCACUCACGCUGACCCCUGGGAAGGAGAUGAACCAUUGGCUGACCGACUGGUUUGUCGCAGGCCAUUUGGACAUGCUGGAGAAGGCUCUUCAGCUGCUAGUCAUGGAACAACUGCUUCACAAGCGCCAGCAUCCGUGGGCCCUGAAAAUCUUCCACCUCCUAUCAGCACCGUUGGCGAUUCAGCCUCUAUUCCUGUGCAGAUCAUAGAGGACAGUUCACCUGAAUCGGAAGAAAAUGCACCUCUUCCGGAUGUACCACCAGAGUAUCCGAUCGCUGCACCACCGUCAGCGCAUGUAUCGCACAAUCUCACUCCUGGUGAGGCAGUUCAAGAGCCCGCGCCGGUAGGUAUCUCAGACGAAGCUCCUAUCGCCGAGAGUAACAUCCCUGUUGAGGAGGUCGAUGUCGCUGGUCCUGUUGAGCCCGCUGUUGAGGGCAUGGUGGCUCAAAAACCUGCCCCCCAGGUUCCAGAAGUAGGCGCCGACAUAAAUGUAGCACCGGAACCGGCUGCGGCCCCCUUCGUCGAGCCCCAGGCAGUCCCUGCUGCUGCAGCUGAUGAUGCUGAUGUUAUAGCCAACGUUCCUGCCCCCGAGCCUCCUAAUAGGCUGGAAAGGCUUGUUCGUGUCCUCGAAGUGGCUCCCCCAGGAGUCACAGAUGAAGCGAGGGACAGUCUGCAGCGACUUCUGGGUCCUGACAUUUUACUGCCGGGCGCAACCGCCAAAGCUCAAGAAUAUCUAAUGGUGCUUCGCCGCGAACGCACUAUCACUGAAGCUGAAUUCUUUGAGAUAUAUGAGCUUCUACAAAACCUCCCUGCACGGAUUAAUGAGAGAACGACAGCGACCGUGCAAGCCAGGCAGGUCCAUGCUCACUAUCGCGGCCUUGCGCAACAAGCAGAGGCAUCUCGCGACUCCCUAGGCGAUCGAACGAUUCGCGUCAGGGACCUACGGAUCUAGCAGAACCACCUUCGGACCCACAUUCAGGAUCUCUAAGUCCAACUAGUCGAAGCCAAGGCCCAGUUGGUGGUGGUAACGGCCCAACUUGAACAAGAGGAGCCUCAGAUAGAGCAACCCUUGGCAGCCUUCGAAGCGAUGUCUCAGGACUUGGCUCAAGCACGCGAAGCAGUUAGACAAGCGGAAUGAGCUGCUGCUGACGCUAGCUUUCGUCUAGAUGAACAUUUGCUUCGCUUGACCCAUGCGGGUCGUAAACUUUAGGCCUCUUACUUCAGGCCCAUUUUACUUUGUAAUUUAAUAUAUUUAAUAUUUAGCCCGCUUUGCUCGGCCCAAAUAUCAUUUAGAGUCUGACAAUUAAUGAAAAGCAAGACCGCUGAAAAGAUAACCCCAUUUUGGGCGGUUACUUCCUUGGAGACCGUCCUGCUUCCCACGCGUUUUCAAUAUCUUCCCUUUCCGAGAUUAUAGCAUUUAACCGCAUUGAUUCUGUU